AUGGAGAUCGACACCGGGUCAUCACUGACCAUAAUCCCAUGGUCAGUCCUAAAGCAAGUGAUCCCCGACCUACAGAAGCGACACCUCCAAAGCCCUGACGUCUGCCUGCAUGACUUCCAGGGGAACCAGGUCCCCAUCGUGGGCCAAGGCAUCUUCCGGGUGAACUACAAACAAUUCUGCGAAAACUUCCCCAUGAUGGUGGUCAGCAGAAACCUUCAGAGCCUCCUGGGGCUUGAUUGGUUCCAAGCUUUGGGGAUGGAAGUGACCGGAAUCAGCGACCUGUUCCAACUGUACGAUUUGGAACGUGAUCCGGAACCCACCACUGGUUGGGAGAUGUCAACAAACCCGAGUGCCAAUGGCUCCUCCUCCCAAGUGCCCGUGGAGGACAACUCCGUGAAGGACAGCAUAAAGGUUAUCACAGGGGUGAUAUUCAGCUUCAUCUUCCUGGCUGGUGUGACUGGGAACGGGAUAGUCCUGUUCGUCACUGGGUGGAAGCUGCGAUGGACCUCCAACACCGUCUGGUUCUUCAACCUGGCCUUAGCCGACUUAGCAUCCACCUCCCUCAUCCUUGUCACAGUACUCAACUUGGCGCUUGAUCUGCAUUGGCCUUUCGGAUCCGUGGCUUGCAAAGUGGCCAAUUGCCUCUUCGGGCUGAGCGUCUGUAGCGGCGUGUUGCUACUGAGCUCCAUCAGCGUGGAUCGCUGCGUGUUGGUGGUGGCUCCCGUCUGGUGCCAGAACUACCGCACGCCCCGACUCACCUGGGCAGCUUGCGGAUUCCUUUGGCUGCUGUCGUUGGCGUUUUUCGUCCCCAGCUCCUACUUCUUCACCCAGGUCUCGGUGGAUAACAACAACCGGAGCUCUUGCAACAACCUGGACAUUUUUCAGGACUGGCAACAAGCCGAAGUCCUUACUAUUUGCAUUUUCCUCUAUCAAUUCCUCCUUCCCUUACUGGUCAUCUCCAUUUCCUACACAAUCCUGGUGGUGACCAUGAAAAAGAAGAAGCUGAACAAAUCCAGCAAGCCCUUCCUGGUGGUCACCAGAGUGGUCUUCUGCUUUUUCCUCUGUUGGCUCCCUUAUCAUGGGUUGGCUCUGGCCAGGAUCUCGAUGGAUCACGUGCCGGAGAGCAUGCGGCUGGUGGCCAUUCCCCUCUCCAAAUGCCUGGCCAUGUUCAACAGUUGCAUUAACCCCUUGCUUUAUGUCUUUGUAGGGCAGGAAUUCCAGGAUGCCGUCAGGAGGUCCUUGCUGCAGGUCUUCAAGACCGCUUUCGAGGAAGCCCCUCUGGGCGCCAACCUCUGA